UCAGAAGGGGAGGGCCCUAACACCUUUUUUGAAGCGGGCUGGCCUAGCAUGGUUGAGAUGGUUAAGACCGCACUCGCUGGCCUUGCAGCUUCCACCAUCCAAAAGGAAAGUAGAACCGGUGUGUUUUCUUCAUUGCUGAUGGAGGAAAAUGCUGGACUGCUCAGGAAACCUAACUGUUGAAGAGUCGCUGAUAAGGGCUAUUCUGUUUUUGCUGAUCACACACUUUUCUGCUCUUCACCCUUCUUGGUGUGACAAGUAUUACUAGUAAACUGAAGUAGCCGUUUAGUGUUUGGGACACUUGCUGAGCCAUUUGCCCAGGGACUGUGGUUGGAUUUGGACCAUUCUUAAGUUGAAAGAAAACUGACAGUAGCUUCGUAACAAUUUUACAAAGCUUGUUCUCAGACUAAGCUGUUGAACCUAUACUUGCCGUUAGUGCUUAAUUUUUGAAGUAUUACUGAUUUUUCUUUUUAUGAGUCAAGCCCUGGUAAAGUGACACAAUGAAAAACUUCUCAGAUGCUACCCCUGUAGUAGAUUCUCUCAAUUUUAUUGGGGUAUAAAUAGAACAGCAACAUUCUCAGGUAUAAUGUUUGUAGUUUGUCAGUGUAUUCAUUACCAUGGCUUUAGGUUUUUGCUGAGUUAGUGAGUUUUCCGUUGUUUUUGUUUGUUUCUCAGAAAAAGAAUUCCAUUUAACAUUUUUGUAACAAGAAAUGGACUCCUGGUUAAGCUUAGUGCUUCUUUAAUGACAAUCAUUUUGCCAUGUUAGAAGACACUUUUUUGGAAGAAGACAUCUGGGAAUACAAAUCCAAAAGAAAAGCAAAACGAGUACAUCGAAAUAAUGGCUCUGAAAAUACUCCAAAAUCUGUUGAAAAGGCAACAGAUGGGAAAUACCAGUCAAAACGAAGAAGAAAUAAAAAAGAACUGAAAAGAACCGUGGAAGCUAAAGAGAAGACAAAGGACAAUGAGAUAUGUCUUGGAGAAACACACAGUCAGAUUUCUGUAGCUUCUGGUCAGGAUUCAAGUGGAGAUAGUAUUCAGCAUUCCCAAGAUAAGGAGACCACCCCAGCAAAGCACUGUCGAACUAAAAAAAAAAAACAAGAAUCCCCAAAGAUACGUGCACUUUAUGAUGGAUACUGUCCUAAUUGCCAGAUGCCUUUUUCCUCAUUGCUAGGUCAAACACCUCGAUGGCAUGUUUUUGAAUGUUUGGAUUCUCCACAGGUCUCUGAAACAGAGUGUCCUGAUGGUCUUCUGUGUACCUCAACAAUUCCUUCUCAUUACAAGAGAUACACUCACCUCCUACUGGCUCAAAAUAGGGCAAGUCCUAAUUCUUUCAGCAGCCCAUCACAUACAACAGGUGGUCGUUUGAAUUGUUCCAGUGAGACUAAUUCAGGCUUUCUCUGCAGCCUUGAGAAAGGAUGGUCUCUGAAUCAGAAACAAACUGAGAACUUAAAAAAUGUUUCUGAUGAUCCCUUUUUGAUGACACAGUGUCUAAGAAAAUCUCAAUCUCCAGCUGAAACCAACAAAAAGGUAUCGUUUUCUACAAAUAUCCAAAAGUCCCAGCGAGCUCUAAAAUUUACUGAGUUUGUUAAUAAUGACCAGCUGGUAGGAGUUGGUUUGCCUCUUGCUGAUGAAGAAUUAGACAGCUCAGAACACAUAAAUUUGCCGGUGCCAGAAAAUGACUUUAGUGACUGUGAAAUCUCUUAUUCUCCACUUCAAAGUGAUGAAGAAACGUACGAUGUAGAUGAAAAGCUGGAUGGUUCACAACAGGAACUAUUUUUCACUGAAAGCUCAAAAGAUGGAAGCCUAGAAGAUGACAACAGCUCUACUUUGUUUAAAAAAAUCCGUGAUCCUUUACUGAAGGGCCAGGAAGCUAGCUGCCCGGAGAUGAAUAGCUUCUUAACUCAGAAUAAGUACAAUGAAGAAUUGUAUAAAUACCAUACUCUAACUGAUUUGUCUCAACUUAUUUCCCAAAACAAUGGGAGUAUUAGUGCCUGUGAUGAUCCAGCAUAUAGUGGUGAUGAUUUUAUGUUGUUUCCACCUGCAUCAGCAGGGGGACAUGAUGCUCCUAAUUACCUAGCCACUAAAGCUAAACCUGAUGAGCCAGAAUUUCACUUAUCUCAAGCAAAUAAACAGAAUCAGGCAGUUGAAGAAUCAGCUGUUUACAGUCAAGUUUCUCUUCCGUUACUUAAAAGUGAAAUGCCAAACCGUUUUGAAAGCCAACGAGGAGAGUAUGUUUCUUCCCAUCUAAACCAAAGUAAAAUAGAAUUAUCAAGUGAGAACUUUAAUGCUAAGAAUAAUACUAAUUCAGUACAUUUCUGCAGAGAGGCAUUAGAUGGUAUGCUAGACAGUAAAGUUUCCGUUUUAAAAUCAGAGAAUUUUUCUAGUGCAUCUACUGCCACUAAGUCUGUGAAAAUAGUGCCAUCUGGUCCUAAGUGUGAUGCAAGACAUUCUUCUAACAAAGUAAUGAAACAAAUGGAUAUAGGUGUGUAUUUUGGACUACCACCCAAAAGGAAAGAAGAGAAAUUGCUGGAGGAAAGUGCAUUAAAAGAGACGGACUUAAAUCCAGUUGUAAGUCCUAACAAAAAAAGGUCCAAGCGGUGCAAGAGGAAAGCAGAAAACUCUCUAAGUGAUUUAGAAUUCAAUGCAAAGAAUUUAAAUGAGAGUCAGCUCCCUGCGGAACUUUCUAGUGAGAGGCCACAACGUCAAAGAAAGAGACGUAAAAAGUCAAAUUCAGUACAGGAAGGAGCAUCUCAGAAGUCAGAUCACAUCAACAAUACAGAAUUUGGAGCAGUCAGUUUAAGUAAAGACAAAGUCUCCAUAAAAUCAGCUGGUGGCAGGCUGCAGAGGAGGUGUGCAAAAAUCCCAGAGUUAUCUAAUGCAGAAGGAUUAAGAAAAAGGAGAUGUCCAUUCUAUAAGAAAAUACCUGGAACUGGCUUUACAGUUGAUGCCUUUCAGUAUGGAUUUAUUGAAGGCUGCACAGCCUAUUUUCUCACACAUUUUCAUUCUGAUCAUUAUGCAGGCUUGUCUAAAAACUUCACUUCUCCAGUUUAUUGUAGUGAGAUAACUGGCAAUUUGUUGAAGAAGAAGCUACAUGUGCAAGAACAAUAUAUCCAUCCAUUGCCAAUGGACACUGAAUGUAUAGUGAAUGGUAUCAAAGUUGUUUUGCUUGAUGCCAAUCACUGCCCAGGUGCUGUCAUGCUCCUUUUUUAUCUUCCUAAUGGGACUGUCAUAUUACACACUGGAGACUUCAGAGCAGACCCCACCAUGGAACGUUCUCUUCUUGGGAGCCAGAAAGUCCACAUACUUUACUUAGAUACCACAUAUUGCAGCCCAGGAUACUCCUUUCCAUCUCAGCAAGAGGUUAUCCAGUUUGCCAUCAACACUGCCUUUGAGGCUGUAACCCUAAACCCACGUGCUCUGGUUGUCUGUGGCACUUACUCUAUUGGAAAAGAGAAAGUCUUCCUAGCCAUUGCUGAUGUUUUGGGUUCAAAAGUUGGCAUGUCCCAAGAAAAGUAUACAACAUUACAGUGUCUCAAUAUACCAGCAAUCAAUUCCCUCAUUACUACAGACAUGUGCAAUGCAUUGGUUCAUCUUCUACCAAUGAUGCAAAUUAAUUUUAAGGGUUUACAGAAACAUUUGAAGAAGUAUGGUGGGAAAUAUGAUCAGAUCUUGGCCUUCCGACCUACAGGAUGGACACAUUCUAACACAUUAACCAGUAUAGCAGAUAUUAUUCCCCAGACCAAAGGAAACAUUUCAAUAUAUGGAAUUCCUUACAGUGAACACAGCAGCUACCUAGAAAUGAAACGUUUUGUCCAGUGGCUGAAGCCCCAGAAAAUCAUACCUACCGUAAAUGUUGGCACCUUGAAAAGUAGGAGUACCAUGGAGAAAUAUUUUAGAGAGUGGAAAUUGGAAGCUGGAUAUUGAUGAUACCUCACAGGACUGAGAAAUAGUUAAGUAACUUUAGCUGCGAUACGUUAGUAGUAAAAUCUUUAGUUAUAUGAAAGAUUUUUUCACUUCAGGUGAAAAACCUCAUGAAGGUCACUCAUACAGCUUAUUUUUCCCUUAACAUUUGAAUAACAUGCCCAUAGUGCUGUAUGCCUCUCAGCAUUAUCAGUAUUAACUGAGACUUGGUCUCCCUAGUAUCCUUAAUGUUGUGCCCCUCCCUGUGGGGGCCAUUAUGGUCUGCAUCAAGCUUUAGAGAAGGAAACAAAGGCAGGUCCAAGGACCAAAAGGAUUCAUGAUGCUGGAUAAACUAGGUUGAAAGCAUUAUAUAAAAGUUAUUAUGUAUCUUUAAAAUUAUGUAAUAUGGAGCAUAUUUUA